UCGAACGGACAGGAACCAGGGACUCUACGGUGUUUGCGGUCGACAGUAGCGACAAAGGCGAGCGGAAUCGGUCGCGCUCGGCUCUUUCGAUUGCGGAACACGGUUUUUUCGGAGCUUUCUCGAACCGGCAUCGCCGCCGAAACCGUCAUCCGGAGACUCGCGCUCGUGCGAUCGAAUUUGUGUAUUUCCACCCUUGCCGGCUUUGAUUCCGCAACGUCGGGCCGCGCGCGGCAAAUCAGGCGACAGCAUAACCUAAUCUCCCGUGAUCGGCCGCCAGCCGUUGCGUUGCGCGCGUGUAUUGUGUGUGUGUGUGUGUGUGUGUGUGUGUGUGUGCGUGCACGUGUGUAUCCCCGCGUUCCCUUGUGCCGAGGCGACAAUACGACAAUGAACGAGGAUCUCGGUUUCGCCGAGCUCUGCAGGCUGUGCUCGCUCAAGAGCAACCAUCAGUUGCAGAUAUUUGAUAAGGAGAGCGAGCAGCGGCAGCUACUAUUCAAAAUACGCUCCUGUGUGCCCAUUGUGAUAGCAAAAGAAGACGAGCUACCAAAAAAUAUCUGUCAAAGAUGUAUGUACAAGUUGGACAUGUUCUACGAAUUUCGUCUCAGUUGCAUAUCUACAGAAACAAUAUUGAAGAAUUACGCAGACUCCUUGAAAAAUAUUGCACUCAAUAAUCAGGGUACAGAUAAAGACAAGAUGUCAAACGGCGGACAACAACAGCAACGUACGAGUUAUGUGGAAACGCACAAUGCGGCACAUGCAGCAUUGCAACAACACAUGGCUCAGCAAGCCGCUCAGGCGAGGUUAACUGGACCCGGUCCACCUGCGGCCCCACAGCCACCGAAUCCUACAUUUACUUUACCUGACGAUGGGCUUGGCUAUGAUGAUGGAAUAAGGGUGUUGCGUUCUAUCGGAACAUGGUCGCCUGAUUAUUCGGCUGCAAUGCGUCCCGGUAGUAUGAUGCCGGCAUUUCCUGGCGCGACAGAUCAGCAAUUUGGAAGUAGAGCACCGACAGUAAAUCAACCUUUACGGACAGCGACGACAAACAGCGUGAGCGUUCGUCCGGGAUCAGUUUCGAAGGCAACCAAUACAGGUGAACCAACAACAAAAGCAUUUGCUUGCACCGUGUGUGGCAAGGGACUUGCUCGCAAAGAUAAACUCGUCAUACACAUGCGUAUACAUACCGGGGAAAAGCCGUAUUCUUGUGAAGUAUGCGGCAAAGCUUUCGCACGUCGAGACAAAUUAGUCAUUCAUAUGAACAAACUCAGACAUAGACCUGGCGUUUCACCUUUGUCGGCACCUACUACACCAAGAUCUGAUCAACAACAUCAACAGCAACAACAACAGCAGCAACAAGCACAACAGCAACAGCCAUCUCGCCAAGAUAGCAUUCAUAAAUUGAAAGAAGAACCAGUGAGUUGGGCUUGUGAACUAUGCGGACGAUCAUUUAGUACUAGAGAAGAAUGGACGCAACAUGCUCGAUCUCACUUAGACGCAACCGUACCGCCGCAACAUGCCGCCCCAUACUUCCCGGGAUCUGCACCACCACCGCAAUCCUAUGCCUCCGAGAGGAAUUUUUGUCUAAUGUGUCGUGCCGACUUCACUGAUAAGGCUGAGUUCAUGUUCCAUAUACGUACGCAUGGGCAACCAUCGGGUGGUAAACAGAGCGGCGGAGAUGCCGCGACGGCUGAACUCAUUGCUAGAGGAUCCUUUGUUGAUCCUUCUGGAUUAUGCAGCUAGAAUUAUUCUUUUCCCUAUUAUUACAUACAGUCGAUCCGUGUCUUACCAUAGUACAAGUUUUCUGCUCUACUUUGACCAGAAACUUUCGCAUAGGAUGUCAUGCAUAUUGUGAUUGUAAUGAUAUAUAUACCAAUCGAUAAUAGAUACACAGUAGCAUUCAAAAACAGUAACUAACGGUGAAUAGCAGUGCUGACAUGAUAUUCAUUGACAGAUUAAGUUGAAUUAUAAUUCCACAUAAUUUGUGAUUACUUUUUAAAAUAUUUUUAUUUAGAAUCUUUAGCACACCAGCGAGUUAUUUAGGAAUAAAAUAACCUUAUCUCUAAAAGUAACCAAAUUUUAUAUGUUAUAUAUAAGUUUGAUUUUUUUUUAUAUUUGACGAUAUUAAGUUAUGAUUUAAUAUUUGGGCAGAAGAUAGUAGUCUUAGUAGACUCAUUUCAUGACUGAUUAUUAAAAAGUAGCAUUUUAUAGCAAAUACAUAUCAUCAGAGCAGAGUUAAAAGAAUUAUUUUACAUUACUGUGUAUCUUGAUACGAAAUAAGAUUUACGGAGAAAAAAAA